ACGAGGAACAAUUCAAGCGAAAUUACAGUACCGAAAUGUUCGCGGUGAGUCGACCAUUUAUAAAUUGCUCAUGCGGUCUCAAGGCUCCUUGGGCGGCUCUUGCUCCUCCUCAAGUCUGCGCAGCGUAUAUUUUGACACUGUCCACAGUUAUGCACGGAUUCCGUGUCGCCGUAGUCGGGCUUCUUGUGCAUGCCGCCUCAGCCUUUAUUGCGCCAGUACGUCGCACAGACAAUAACGAUUCAGCCGGGGCAGCAAAGGCUUGCCAACUCUUGAACGCGAGCUUUCCACAGCUCACGUCAUUCCCUGGUACUGAGCAGUACGACAAUGACAAUGAGCAUUGGGCGGUCACAAGUGAACAGAAUUCAACUUGCUCGAUUGAACCAACCAGUGCGGAGGACGUUGGUGCUAUAAUAAAAAUAAUAGGAAGGUCCGAUAUCCGCGCUCCGUUCGCUGUGAAGUCGGGAGGGCAUGCGUACAAUCUUAACCAGAGUUCGACUUCCGGUGUCCAGAUCUCGAUGGCCCGGUUCAAUAAUGUUAGCUAUGAUGCAGAACAACAAAUGGUAUCGCUUGGUGUAGCUUUGACGUGGGAUCAGGUUUACGAACAGCUCGAGCCUCUAGGAGUGAUGGUUGUAGGAGGUAGAAUAAAUGGCGUUGGCGUUGGAGGGUUUAGCUUGGGAGGCGGCUACUCAUGGAAGUCGAAUCAGUUUGGCUUGCUAAUUGAUACUCUCGUCGAACUCGAACUCGUGCUGCCCUCUGGAGAGCUGGUUCACGUCACAAACGCGUCGGAACCUGACCUUUUCUUUGGGUUGAAGGGUGGCCUAAACAACUUCGGUAUUGUAACCGUAAUAACUGUGCAAGCGCAUAAGCAGACGGAAGUAUUUGGCGGUUUGCUCACGUAUUCAAUUGAUACGAGCGAGGCGUUCAACGAUGCGGUCGCCGAUUUUUCGCUGAACAAUACGGAUCCAAAAGCGCAAAUGGUUGUCGUAUACACGUCAAACGGAACUCUGUUCCAGAACCAGAUUCUGCUGUUCUACGAUGCUCCGACUCCUCCAACAGGAGUCUUUGACAAGGUUCUUGCUAUUCCUACUGUAACAAGCGAUGUCAAGACGCGGUCAUUUGUUGACAUGAUGUCGACUUUCGGAACUGGCGAUAACGGUAUCGGUCCGUUCGGCUUCGCACAGCACGUCGCACCUGUUGUGAAGUAUACUGUGCCUAUUCUCGAAGAGAUGGUCACACAGGUUAAUGCCUUUGCAACGCGACUGUCGGAGCAGAAUAACGGGGCGCCGAUUAUCGUCAGCAUUUCCCCAGAGCCUUUCGCCCAUCCUUUCGCACAUUCGCAAGGAGGAGCGUACCCGCAUUUCCCAGAUAGACAACUCUGUCCUUCGUCCUCCUCUAUUGCUUAUCAGCAAGAUCCUGAAGCAUCUCUAGAUGACCGUGUUACGCGUCAUUCAGCGUUUGUGGAGGAAUUGAAGAACUUUACGCAUAUCAUCCAGACAAAAGCCGUAGAGGAAGGACAAAGUCGCUUUGAUGACAUCUUGUAUCCGAAUUACGCGUUGACCGACACGCCGCUGGAUCUGUUGUACGGGGAUAAUGUGCCUCGCCUGAAAGAGAUUGCUACGAAGUUUGAUCCGGACAAAGUCAUGUCGUUAACUGGAGGUUUCCGUCGCUUUGAAUAAUAGGAAGUGGGUAGAUAGUUCAAAACUUCAAUCUUGUAGUUAGGGAAUCGAUAAACAACACUGAACAGUUGAAG